UGGUGCAUGUGUGUGAUUCUGUUUGUUGCUAUUUAAUUUUGUUUUAUGUUGUGUUUUUCUCUCUUGACUCACAAAGCCUCGAAUUAGUUUCGCUUUAAAGUUGAUAGCGCACGGUCGCACAACGAAUUUUUUUAUUUAUUUUUUUGCAUUUCGUACAACAAAAUCUAGGCAAUACGAAUCGCGCCCGACAAGCGAAGUGAUCGUAUCGCAGUAUAAAAAUCGUACCAGACCAAGAAAAAUAAAUCAAAUAAAACAAAACUUUUUCUCCCGCCGUUUCCUUGUUCAUGAAAGAAAAGAGAACCGUUUGAUUCGAUCGAGACAAUAAUUCAUAUCAGUAAUAAACAAUUUUUGUUGUUGUAAUCGUCGAAAAAAAAAACUCAAAACAGAACAAGGCGACUCUACUAUAAACACAAUAUCUGUGAAAGUGAUAGUUUGAUACAGCAAAGAUCAUCAUUACACAGGAAACAAGUGACGAAAAAAAAGAAGAAAAACAUACAGAGUGUAUUAGGAUCAGUCCGUGCGUGUACGGAAAGUUUCACUAGAAAUCACAAUCCUUUCAAUGAUUCAGUAGUUUAAGUGACCGAAACCGGGAUAAAUUGACUCCUAGGAAAAGCAAAUUUCUACAGAAAUUGGAUCAACCGAAAACUGUUUGACCCACUUCACACUGAAAAAAAAAGACGGAACGAACUGUGAUUCUUAUAUUUAAAACGCCUGAAAAACAAUCCACAGCAUAAAAAGCAGCGAAUAAAAACGAAAGACGAAACACAAACAGAUAGAAUUAAACGCAAAAUCUGGAGCACAACCAAUAUAAGUAUAAAUUAAUUGAAAAUCAACGAGAACGAGAUGAAAGCGUGAAAGUGACUCUCAUAAGAAGUUGCAUUGAAAGAAAAUCGCGAACGUAAAUAAUUAACGAUUUUAUCAAGACAAAGGAAAAAAAAGCAGCAACGCCAACAACAAGUGAUAACUUUUCGUUUCAAAAAACGACAAGACAAAGGAAAAUUGAGACAUUUUUCAAAACCGAAGACAUUCGCGGCUUAAAAAACAAAAACAAUAUCACCGUUCAUUCGAAGAUCAAGGAGUCAUUUCCAUUUAACGAGGACGGUGUUAUUGACCAAUUGCACCACAUUCUUACGUCAAUUGAAUCCAUUCAGUAUCAAUUGUGUCAUAUUGUUGCUGUGGUUGAUUUUGUCAAGAAGAAGAAAAAAACGAAUAAAACAGACAGAGAAAGAGAAUGCCUACAUCGAACGCCCACUGUGACGACAGACAAUUUUUUGUUUGAUGCAAUCGAGAAGUGAGGACAAGAUUAAAAGUUUUACAAUAUAUAUAUUUAACAUUUAUCUGAUCUAGUUACUAGUUUGGUGACAUUCAAAGACCCGCGAAAAUAUCACCUACAAAUUGUGUCUACGAAUAGAUAUAAAGAAAGAAACAAUCGCUGGAUAUCCAUAGUUAGCUUUUUAUUCGGGGUGUAUAUAUAUAUAUAUAUAUAUAUAUAUAUUUGGAUGUGUGCAUAAAUUAAUAUUUAACGUGAAGCGAGAAAUAAAUACUGACAUAGAGAGAGGCCGACCGAAAAAUUGAAACACAAAUUGGUGUUAUAAAUGAAAUUGAAUGCCGUGCGAAACGGAAAAGUAAAUUUAUGAUAUAUUUACGAGCGACCAAAAGUUUUUCACGCAUAAAAAAUUCACAAGUUUACGAAAAAAGAAGCGAAGAGUCGUCGUAUCGAGUAAGUGAGUCAGAGCAUCACCGAAGAUUCAGCGAACACCACAUCGACAUAGACAUUGUGACGACACGUAACAAUUUCUUUUUUCGCCAACUCCAACCAUCGCUGCGGACAUAGAACCGUUCACACAAAUUUGCAAAUAAAAGACUUUGUCGGAUCCGACGACAACUCGUAAAUUGUUUGAGUCAAAUCAAGUGUGGAAAAUUUCCUCCAUUCACUCCGGCCGAAAACCCCGAAAAACAACGGUUAAUCAACCAAUAAAUUAUUGUCAGCAACUGAAGCAGUAUUAUCAAACGUAAUUAAGUGCAUUCUAAGUGCCUAAUCAUUUAUACCGUGUUCUUUUAAACAAAGUAAAGAGAAAAAAAAAUAGAACACGACAUAAAAAAGCGACACACAUUAGAAUAUUCUAACAAGCGACGCCGGUGGGAACAACAACGCCAGUCAGACAAGUCCGAAGUUUAAUUUGAAAACGAAACAACCGAAAGAAGUGAGCGAGUGAGAGAAGAAACCGCAGAAGUAGAAAAAACGCCACACUUGUCCACAAUUUUAAUAAUAAGUUGUGGGCAUAUUCCAAGAAAACGUGCCUCUCCGGUGGAUUUAGUUUCAUUGUCGUUGGCAAAUACUCAAUUUCAAACAACAGAAUUUCACUGUCGCCACACGAUCACCGUUUUUUUUUGUUCCUUCUGGUUUUGUGUGUGAUAUCGGUCGUUCAUGUGGAAAAAAGUUUGUACACACGUGAAUUUCCCAGCAAAACAUCGAAGAAGUCAUUACUUGAUGAGUGUUUCAAGUGUGAACACCUAUGACCAAAGAGAAAUCCAAUCAAAAUCAACGCAACGAAGAAAUCAUCGAUGCAGGACAACGAAAUCCGUUUCAAUCAACGAAAUUAAAGAGAAAUUAAGCGACGACUGACGAUUUCGAAAUCAAUCAACGCCCAAGACAUAAAAAUUAAAAACAAUAACAGUUUAAAGAGAAGUUUAAAAAAAAAAACAACAAAAUAGUGGAGUGACUAAUAACGAUAGAAACCAUGGCAUUAGAUUAUAUAAUCGGAGGUUUACAAUUGUUAGCAGCUGCUGUGAAUGUGCUGGCUUUGGGUGCAUUUUGGAUUUCACCCGGUUUACGAGCCACAGCCAAUCGAUUUGUCAUUAAUUUAUUGGUUGCAAAUAUUAUUGCGUGUUUGGCAUUGACUCCAGCUUUAUGGCUGCAUGGCGGCUUGAAAACCCGUUUUCAUAUGGACAACACGGUUGAAGCAACGGCCGAACGCAUUUUUGAUUUUCAAACCGAAUUUCGGAAAUCAUUCAAUGACCGAUUGAUUCAUCAUUCGUUGGAAUCGACAACAGUUAAUCCAACAUUGCAACACAAUCAUCGCAGCCAUCAUCACAGCUAUGGCGGUCGAGUCGAACGUGACGUCGAACAACCAGAAUAUAUUGACACCGAUCAAUUUGCGAUGAACAAUCGCAUUGGUGGUAGUAAUGUUCAAAAGUCAAUCGAAUCGCUGGUCAUUGAACGCGAUGAACGUGGAAAUAUCCGGAAAUUUAGCGAAAAACAAGUGGUUGACAUUCAUGGCGAUGAGAAAGACGAAAUUGAGAUCGUUGACGAGAUUGUAGAACCGAUCGCAGCGGUGGUGAGCGAACGAGGACUCGAAGUCGAACCAAUUGUCACCAUAAAACAAACCAGUUCAUCGGCCCAUCAAACACACACCGUAUUCACUGAAAAUUCAUUAAUAUUCGACUGUACACGAUUCUGGGGAUUCGAUUUUGCCGCAACCGUAGGUGUCCUGUCGGUUGUGUUGGUUGUCGGUGAUACAUGGUGUGCCGUGACAGACCCAUUACGAUACCAUACACGAAUUUCGUAUCUCAAAUCAUGGCUGUUGAUCGCUUCCGUGUGGGUGGUUAGCAUUGUAAUUACCAUGAUAUCAGCACUGCGUUCGAAAUGGUGUCACAUCGACCUGAAUCUGGUCAAUGAAUCGUUUACCAACGCAGAGAAAACCGAUGAUGCUGCAUCAACUUUUACAACAACGGCCACAUUUGCUGGAUCCAGUGAAACGAUGCUCGUGGCAAAUAUCUAUGCGCUAGUAUUCUCGUGCGUUUUUUUCACAUUGAUUGUACUGGUGCCAAUAACAGUGGUAUGCAUUAUGUACUAUAACAUUUUCUCGGAAGCCCGGCAAAGUGGAUUGCGUAUGCGACGAAAUGGUUCGUCGCCGUUGCUGCAAAGCUCCUUGCAGAAUCUGCACAAUUCUAGCAUGAAUGCGGUUGCACUCAACGAAAAUCAACGAUACCCGUCGAUAUUUGAUGUGUCUGCGCCCGAUGCACUCACCAUGAAAAUCGAUUUGCAGCAGUAUGCCAUUGAAGAUGGCAAAAUGGGUGAUUACAAUAAAAAAGUAGCACCGAUUGCCACUCAUCAAUAUCGUCGCUAUUUAGACAUUCCCGAGGAUGUUGAGAGCCAGCAGCAACAACAACAACAACAAACCGAGUGUAAACGACAGCGCACAAAGUCCGAGGCAACUCGUCUGAGUGGUCUGAAGCCAAAACUAUCGCAAAUUCGUCGUCAUUUCAGUGCACGACAUUUGGUGUCAUUGGAAAAAACGUGCGAUGUGCCGACAUUUCUUGGGAAAAACCACAACUUGGGUCGCAUGAUUGCCGGUGAAAUGCGUCAAGUGCACUCAUCGCCAAACCUUCAGAAAUUAUCAAAUUUGGAUUUGUUGCACAAAGUGCCAUACUGUGUGAAUAAUCGAAGCACAACCAGUAUUAAUCAGGCAUCACAACAGACAUCGGCUUCACCGCGAGCCUUGAGCUACAUGGUAUCAAUUCGUCAUCGCCUAUCGAAUGCAUCAUCGAUUUUCAAAUAUCGUGAAGAAUCGCGUGCAGCUCGCAUCGGUAUCGUGGUUGUGGCAAUGCUUAUGCUCUCCUAUUUACCCUAUGGAUUAUUGAUUUUGCUCCAAGGCCGUCUUACAUUCAUUUCAAAUGCAUCCGUGUGCAGCAUUUUGUUCCUGCUCAUCGGAAAUAUCAGCACGCCAUUUAUAUUUGCCUAUCGCAAUCGACGUGUACGUCGUGGUGUGUGCCGUCUCUUCGGCGUUGACCCAAAAUCCAACAGCUAUCUUCAGAAGCAACGCAUGCAAUUGAGGAAUGGCCAGAACAACAAUACAAAUGCUAAUAAACAUGUACGCAUUCAUCGUAAUUUGUCCGCAUCAAAUUUCUCAUUGAAUAUGUUACCGUAUAAAUUGGCCGCACAUUCAAUGCUACCCAUUCAAAAUGAGCAAUUGCCGGGCUGUGUACAGUCAAGACAUGGCAGUGUUUUGGUGCCAAUUGAUGACGUUGAAACGGAAUCGAAUGAAGUUGUUUCACGUGAAAUUUCACAAACGGAUUUGGAACAGAAGAAAAUUGAUGAGAACAAUAAUCGCUUAAAUAAAACCAACUCCGUCGAAGCAACUACGGCAACAACCACAACAGCAGCACACAAAAUACAAAAGGAGAAAAUGUCAUUGUUCCACCGCAUUUGUAGCGGCAAUGGUUCAUCUCGUAAAUCAUCCGAUUCAAAUAUGUCCAAAGAAUCCGAACCAGCACAGCAAUGUAAUCGUAAUAAUACUGAAACCAAAGACGAUGCCAUCUGAGCAUUCCAAGGCUAAAAAAACAGCAAAAAUAGAGGUCCUCGAUACGAAUGACAUGUAUCCGGCCGAUGUGUUCAACAACUAUGAUGUUACACACACUUUUCGCUAUGCGCGUACAGAGUUUUCCGUCCAGUUCGUCUGCCUGAGUUGUCUGAAGGGAACGUGUGCAUUUUGUACGCGCAAUUAGAGUGAAAGAAAAUCACUUACCAAGUUCGAAUUUAUGCAUGAACCAAACUCAUGUUCAAGUGCAUGAACCAAACACACCGUCAACUUUAAAUGUUGCGAACAGCGAUUGGGAAUGUCGACUGAAUAGCAGACACCGCAUGAAAUCAACAUUUCUCUUCCAUGUACCUGAUGGAUUAAUCAAAAAUCAAAGUUUUAACAUUAAAAAAAACAGAUUUCUUCUCGAAGAAAACAAAUAAUCUGUCAAUUUUUUUCUGUAGUCAUCCAUUAAUGAUUCAUUUUAUUAUUAUGUUACGAUCAAUAGCGGGUAUCAUUUUACAGCUGUGACAAUUGAACCAUAGGUUUUAUUUUAGGAUAUUAUUUAUUAUUUGUAAAUUUUUCAUCAACCAAGAAAAUUCCUAUUGUGUAUAUCAAGAAAAACGAAAUUGAUGUGAAAACCGUAUUUUAUUUUAUUUAAAUUCUCAAAUCAAUUAAUUCCAAUUUGAACUUAUUCUAAAGUGUACUUAGCCAAUUGUUUAUUCUCAUUCGUUUGGUGUAUUUAGAGUCUAGAGACACGUUAAGAUUGUAUAUUAAAUGUUAAUUGUGAGAUCGAAUUAAUUUAUUUGAUGUUAUUCGUAGUUAGAUAGUUGUUUAGUUAGUUAGUGAAUUUAUGCAAGAUAUUAUAAUACCAAUUUGUAUUCUAAUGAUAAUUUGAAUGAAAAACAAAAAUUCCACGAAAAAAGAAACGUUUCAACUAGAUGUUGUCCAAUAAAAUUUUCAAAAAAAUUUAUGAAAAUCAAAA